UGUAAGGGUUAAUUCAAACAUCUGCAACUGCGCAUGCGCGAUAACGUCUGCGUCCGUCACAACCUACGGUCACAACAUGGAUUCAGUUGGGGAUGCUGCAGAUGUAAACAAUACCCCUGCAGAAACUCCUUGUCAAAAGCAUGGACAAAAUAUACAUGAUUCAGAAGUUGAUAGACCAUAUGCAGGCCCUGCGAACGAUGGAAGACCAUUUAAUAACCUUCAGGAUUCAAGUAUACAGCCAAUGAUGAACCGAUUUGAAAUUUUACAACUAGAGUUUCAGGAUAGCCAGCUGUCACCUGCGCUACCUCUGCUUCCCUGCUUGGACAAAUCUAACUUUCUUUCUAACUCCAGUGUUUUUCAGGAAACAGAUUUAGAGUUUGUCCCUCUUCGGGGAAUCCCAGACUUCUCGGUUAUCCCUGAGAGAUGUUCAAGUAUUUCAGAUGAAGCAGUAACUGUUGAUUCUCAACUUCAAACUAGUAUUCAUGACCAGGCUACGAUUUCUGAGCAUCCUUUGGAGGUCCCAACAGCCUUGUCAGAGGGUGAAAAUAGUUCCUGUUCACUGUCCCAGCACAGCCUGUCGCAUAAUGACCAUUCUAGAGGACUUGGAAAUCAAAGUAGUGUAUUGUAUAGUAAUGAGUACAAAAUCAACAGACAUAUGGAAGGAGAGGAGCAGACCGCUGCUCAGCGGCUUAGUGAGGGGAUGCAUGCUCGGCCUUUAUUAGAGCUUAGAGAAGAGGACAUUAGUGUGGCUGUUAGCAACAGUAGUGCCAUUUCUUCUCCAUCUGAACCAGGAUCAAAUCAUCAGAACACUCAGAAAAUCCAGACAAGUCCCUCCAAUCUUCAAGCAGACCGAGAGCAGCCACAAGGGGGCUCACUGUCGUUGACAUCUUCAUUUCAGAAGGCUACAGUUUCGACAGCUCGCUCAGAUGUGUCAAAUAUAACGUUUCGUGAUUCACAGAUGGAUACACACCAAACAGCAGAUCAUCUCCACGAUCAACUUCUGACUGCAAGUGGCUCCUUGUCUGCACCAGCAAGUAGGCUCCAUGGUGGGAACAAAAGUUCUGACAGUGCACAAUCUUUCACCAUAGCUGGUGAAGAUCUGAUACAUGUUCCAGGUCUGCAGAGAGCUCUUUUGAGCUCUGGUGGUCGUUUAAUCGGAGCAGAUGGCUCAUUCUUGAGCUCUCAGCCUGUGUUUCAGUCAACACCAGCAGUACCUCCCACGAGACCCCUACCUGCAUUGACUAAACCAUCUCUCAUACACUCCAAACAAAAGGCUGUUGCCUCUGCAGCUACGUUACCUCAAAGCAACCAGUCCAGAACUGGCUUGAUGCCAUUAUUGGAUCUAAGCGACCAACAUUCCUCUUCUAUGUACUCUCAAACAACAUCUAGCAAACCACCAAAGACUGAGCAAACAGUCUCGCAUGCCCAUUCUGUCUCAAACGAACACAUUUCUCCGGCCGUUUUAAAUCCAACAGCCGCUGACACAUCUCGCUCGGACACUCAGCUUUUUUACUCCAGUACAGAGAAGAAAGAUCAAGUUUCUCAUUUGGCUCUUGGGAGAGUACAGUCUCUUCCCAGUCUCAGCUACUUACAAAAAGUAGAUGCCUGGAAAGCCAAUCAGAGUUCGAGCAGAUCGUUUUGUGAUAAUUUGGCCCUGCAAGGAGUUGAUGGUGUGUCACUAAAGAAGAAAGCGCAGGAUGUGGGAUCUGAUAUAUUUAACCAAAUGGAUUCUCGGGACAAGCAUCAGGCACUUUGUAUGAAUGCCAGCUCGCAAUCGAUUCAGCAACUUUCCUCGUCUCAUUCCGGAAGCGUCUCACCUCGUCGUGUUGAUGAAGCUGGGGCAAGUGUGUGUAAAGGACAGGCAUCCGAUUCACCUGUAAUUCGCUCACAAUCUCACUCCUCCCUGAGCUCUGUGGUGACCUCAAUUCAGAGAGACACAGGCACACUCAGCAAGCAAGCCCCAUUAACGCAAUCUAAAGAUGUUCCGGCCACCAAUCAGUCUUCCUUAAUUUCAGGUGGAAGUAAUGAAGGGAUGAAUACUUCAGCCGCUCACAUGGACACAAACGCCAUCAAGAUGUCUCCUUUCCUCAGUCUUGGUCGCUUUAGUGAUGUGUCCUCGAGCGUCAACCUGAGCAGCACUCUCUCCAGCUCUCAAGGCAGUUACCAUGGCGAGCAGAGUAUGCGGGCAUCAGUGGGAGCUGCGUCUUCUGUAGUAAGUCUUGAGGUGGAUAAUUACGCCCCUUAUUGGACCUCCAGACCUACUUCUCCUCCACACACAAGGGAGUUCAACAUUGAAGACAGAAUCCCGCUCUACCUCCUAAAUUUGGGUAUCGACCAAUCACCUUCUACAAUCCUAAAUCCCUUUACUCGUCGUGGACCAAUCAGAGAGCCUGAAUUCUCUCCUACUGACUUAUGCACCAUCAAAGGCUCCAUAGGAACACCAACCAAAAGCACACAACCAUCUGAAGUGGACAGUCUUCAGAAGGAGACAUUCUCCAGCUCUAGUCAACACUCAACUGAAUCCAGCGCUUCUGUCUCACACCACCUGUCAGUGCAUGAGCUAAGCCAGCCAGCCACUGACAGCAGUGUAAAGGUGAUAUUAACCCAGGCAGAUGCUGCACAGCUUCAGUCAACAUCACAUCCUUCAACAACCCUACAACAAUCUGAUGCUGCAGAAAGUGAAAGGAGCUUUAGUUUGCCAGUCCCAGAAUCAGGGCCUAGAGAAGUGGUAAAAGCGGAUGAUGACUCUCUUGUGGGUUCUGGCACACUGCAUGAAAUCAGGCGUUUGCUGGGCCGAGCAGAAAGCCUGGUAUCCGGUCGAUCAUCAUUAACAUCCUCCCCUGGUUCACACCGCUUAUCGGAAAGUGACACGUCGCUUGUUUCGCUAGGACGAAACGCUCGAGGUUAUCACACUGACACAUCUCUGUCAGCUGGUGGGAACCUUUCUCUACUGCUGACCCGCUCUUCAUCAGACUCUGCUUUGAAAGGAAGCUUGUCAUCUUCCCAGGGUCCACAGCAUAUUGACCUGACAACUGUAAAGCCUGCUGCUCUCUCUUUAAGCAGAGAGGAAAGUUUGAAGGCACGUGACCUCCGUGUGACCCCAAGGCGGGCUGAACCUGAGGGCUGCAGCGCUGCAGACCCAGAUAAGGGAAAACCGACUACAACCACAUCUGGCACACAGAUCAAUCUCCCUUCGAUUGCAGUGAGUGUUCCACAGAAUGAGGAGGACACGUCUGAGGAUGCUCCGAUUGGCUCCUCGGAGAAUAGUUUGUCUCAUGUCUCUGCCGAGGCUGAAAGCUUGAGUGACAGCAGCAGCGAAAGUUCAUUGGCUGCCAGAGUUGCCAAACUCCUUCAGAGUGAGUCGCCUGUUUCUAUGGUUACAAGCCGACCAAGCACAGCUGACCCAGAAGAUAGUCGUGCGCGAGGUAAACACACUGAUUUGUCUAUGACAGAGAUGCCUAAACUAGGGCCCGCGUGCCACCUGAGAAUGGUUUAGAGAUUGUCAUUUUAA